GCAUUAGCAGCCGGUUUGUUUUUGUGUCGUUAAGCGAAUUUAAAACUCAAUAAAUCCGAUUUUCCUGCGAUAAAUGUGAGUGAGGACACCAGUAACCAUGGCUCACCUGACCGGCACCCGUGUGAGCACCUUCAACGAGAGCUUCCUGAACGAAAAUGAGCACGACUCGAAUGCGGUGCUCAUGGAACUGGACAAGGGAUUGCGGAGCACCAAGCAGGGCAUCCAGUGCGAGGCGGUCGUCCGUUUUCCACGCCUCUUCGAGAAGUAUCCCUUUCCCAUCCUCAUCAACUCGUCGUUCAUCAAGCUGGCCGACUACUUUGUCAGCGGUUCGAACCUCUUGCGUUUCUGGGUGCUCCGUGUUUGCCAGCAGAGCGAGAAUCACUUGGACAAGAUCCUCAACAUUGACAACUUUGUGCGUUGCAUUUUCGUCGUGAUGCACUCCAACGAUCCGGUGGCGCGUGCUCUACUCCUGCGCACCUUGGGCGCCGUUUCCCGUGUGAUUCCCGAGAAGCAACAGGUGCAUCAUGCCAUUCGACGUGCUCUGGAUAGCCACGAUACCGUCGAGGUGGAGGCUGCCAUCUAUGCCAGCAGCUGUUUUGCCGCCCAGUCCAGUUCCUUUGCCAUCAGUAUGUGCGCCAAGAUUUCGGACAUGAUCGAAUCGCUACAGGUGCCCGUGCCAAUGAAGCUGCUCCUGAUUCCCGUGCUGCGACACAUGCAUCACGAGGCGACCACAGCAUCGCUGGUCAGCCGGCUGUGCAUGGAUCUACUGCCCAAAUAUCCGGCCCAGAGCUUUGUGGUGGCCAUCAUAGACACCCUCACUCAACUAUCAUCACGAACGCUGGUGGGAGUGCCUGGCCAGCUGGAUGUUCUGCUCGAUUUCAUGCAGGACUUAAGGACACCCGUGCGCAUCCAGGUGCUGCGCUCCUUCAACGAGUUGGCUGGACGCCAGAGCGUUCAUGCCUGGCCCAAGCCAGCCAUCAAAGCUCUCAUUGACCGAUUCGAAUUGUGUACCAAUUCUAAGGAGCAGUUUCUCUUCCUUUCCAUCCUGCUGAAGCUGAGCGAGUGCCCGCUUACCUGCCAGCAGCUGCUUCGCGAGCAUCGCGUAGCUCUGCUUCGUCUGUGCGUCCAGUGCAUCAGCAAGCUGGACGACUACACAACUGCCACUCAGGCCAUGGCAGUUUUGUCGGUUCUAGUGGCAUUCGGCCUAAAAAAGGAGGGCAGCGGCGAGCAGGUGGACGAUAUACUCCAUAUGGUCAACCUACACAUGGAAGGAUUGCUUCUCUGCACGGCCAAGCGGACGGAGUGCACCCGCGAUCUGCGUAGAGUCUUGACAUACGGUAUAAGGAUCACGCAAGCCAACGCUGAAUUUGGAACAUCCUUCAUCGAGAUCGUGACCAAUACUCUGGGAGAUAAGGGUGCCUAUCCGCCAGCCAAUGCGGAACUUAUGUGCGAGGCACUCGUCGGUCUGUGUGAGCACUUUCAGCUGCGCAAGUACGCCUUCUCCACCGCAGAGGAUUUGAUUGGAGACGACAAUGCGAUGGACACCGAUGAAUUGCCCGCGCCCAAGAUUAAUCCCAUGCUAGCUCGCUUACCGCUCAUCCUGCACAAGCUAAACACCAUUAUCGACCAGGAGAACUGCGAGCAACAGUUGCGAAGCGUGGAGAUCCUGAGUUCUUUGGUACUCCAAACCACCAUGGGCUGUUACCUGCCGCAAAAGGUGGUUCAGUGCUUUGAAAAGUGCCUGGGUAGGCUCAACUGCUGGACGCUGUACAGGAUUGCACGCACGGCUAGUCGCUAUGGUCACCACUAUGUGGCUGCUCACAUUUACACUAAGGUCUCUCAGAUUGUGAUCAGCGAUCAUAUGCACUAUUUCCUGGUGGCACUUUCGCAGAUCUCGCAGGCGGAGUGCAUUCUUAACUAUGGCUUGGAAUACGCCUACAUGAGGGACAAUUAUGCACCAAAGGUGGCACCGGAGCCCUUAAUGCCGCUAAUGAAGCGCUUGGAGAUGGCUAGCAAUCUCUACCAGCAAGCGCUUGCCAGCCUGCGAGCCUGCUCCUCGCCGCAGCAUCCGUGCACCUUUCAGCUGGAAUAUCUGAAGAUAAGGGCACAGUUUCUGCAGACUCUUCAUCUGGCUGUGACCGUCAAGAAUGCUCAGGUGAUUGUGCCGCCACCGGCAAUAGCCGGAAGCUUGGCCCAGAACUCGCGCGACUAUCUGCAGAAGUUCGGUCAUGUGACGAACCAGCUGCGCAAGCUGGUGAAAGCACUGAAGGCCUGCGAGGAGACUUACGCCAGGCUCUACAAGUCCUCUUUCGAUGCGGAUCACGUUACGCUGGAGUUUCUGGAGGUGGCCGAGUUUCAAUGCGCUCUUUUCGCCCACAUCAUCGAGUCGAUUUGCUACGCCACUCCGCCGGAACCACCUGUAUUUCUAACUACAGGCGAUCACCCGGAGACGCGCUACUUCGCCGCCAGCUGCCAGCGCAUGGAGCAGAUGCAGAAGAACCUGCCGCAGGAGCCGGCCAAUGCCAAGACCAUUAGCAAUCGGCAUCUGGAUGUCAUCAUUGCGCAGAUCGAGAUCAUAACGAAGACACCGCUUUGCCUGCCGCGCUACUUCUUCCAGAUCCUGCAGUCGACCCAGAUCAAGCUGUCGGUGAGUCCGCAGCCAAGAAGCGCCACCGAACCCGUGAAUGUCCAGUCGGGCAGCAACCUGGUGAUCAAGGUGGAGGGUGUCCUGCAGCACUUCAGCAAGCAGAAGAAGCACUUCCGCCGCGUGGAGUCUGUUCAAUUGAGCCUCACCUCACAGCUGAUAACGCCACCGCCGCGAUCCUCGCAAGAGCUGCCCAAGCAGGGUGCAAACGACACCGUGACCCUCAACCAGAUUGUGAAGCCCCAGCGCGAUUUCCUCUCCGGCAGCUUCCUCUUGCCCAUCUCCAGUGGCGGCCACUUCCAGGUGACGCUGGAAACAUUCGUGGUGGACGAGAACGGCAUUACCUGGUGCACUGGACCCAAAUCGUCGAUGGUGGUGCGUGUGCUGGAGGAUCCCAGCAAGCAGGGUGCUCCAGCGCCCAGCACUUCCCAGGCGGUGGGACAGACGAGAAGGUUUUGAACCACAUGAACUACAUGCUUGCAUAUGUCUUAGGAUUAAAUAUUUUACAAAAUAUUAAUGUUAGUUUAGGCAUUUAACACAAAAUGAAUGAAAAUAUAACUUUUUCAACAAAGAA